AAGAUACUGCUUCUGUUAGGACAAUUUGCCGUGACGUUCACUCACUGUACUAGCAGAGUGGAGUAACUACGAUGUUGCAGAUGAAGAAUCGCAUAAAAUUCUGCUCGCUGGCAAUUGCGGCGGCCAAACUGUUUUCCAGACCGGUACGGAAUCCAAUUGUCUACCUCGACAUUGCAGCGGACAACGAACCUCUCGGGAGAAUCACGAUUGAGUUGAAUGCUGAUGUUGUUCCCAAAACGGCAGAGAACUUCAGAGCUCUGUGCACUGGAGAGCAUGGGUUUGGGUACAAAGGCUCUGUAUUCCACCGUGUUAUUCCCGACUUUAUGUGCCAGGGAGGAGAUUUUACCAAUCACAAUGGAACUGGAGGAAAGUCUAUCUAUGGACCCAAAUUCCAAGAUGAAAACUUCAAGCUAAAGCACACUGGGCCUGGUGUUUUGUCAAUGGCAAAUUCUGGGCCCAACACCAAUGGUUCCCAAUUCUUCAUCUGCACAGUUAAAACUGAAUGGCUAAACGGCAGACAUGUGGCGUUCGGUCAUGUGACGGACGGAAUGGACGUCAUCAGGAAGAUGGAGUCGUUGGGCUCUCACGAUGGGGGCACGACCAAGAGGAUGGUCAUCACAGACUGUGGGGAGCUCAAAUAGCACUGAGCCACAUUAGCAACCCGAUUACACCUGCUGCGAGAAUCCACUGAUCCACAGACCUAAAGCACUGAAGGAGACUUCCUGUCUAGUCUGGACCCUCAGUUUAUUUAGAAUCACAAAAUCCACUCGGUUUUUUUGUGCCACAAAGAGAUACACAAAUCCAGUUUGUGUCAGGGGUGAGAUGGGUACAUGGGCAUUUAAAAUUCACAAAAAAGGGCUUCUAUGCAGACAAAUUAGACCUCGGGAAUCCAAUGGCAUGAUUUUAUGGAAUCUGUCUCACCUUAAAGUCUUACAGAAUAUUUAUUCAUCCAUUUUGGUUUUCAGAUGAGGAUAUUCCUUCAGUUUCAUUUUCCGAUGAUUUGAUUUUUUACAGAAAGACAUGGUGUUUUUAACUUAUAAACAAGUUAAUUGUAAAUUGUACAUUUUAAUUGUAAAAUGCCAAUAAUUUGCCACUGGUUAAAAACUGCAGUCCUUUAAAAUGUUUUUGAUGUAUAGUAUUUGACCUAUGAAUGUUUAGAGGUGUCCCAAUUCUUCAAUGUUUAAAAGAGUUUUUUUAUGUACAGAAUUGAAGUGUAUGGGGACCUUGAGUAAUUAGCAGACCCUAUUAUUUUGAUACCUUCAGGAACUGAACCUUAGAAAAAGAUUAAAAACGCUACUUUGUAAAUUUCUUUCCUCUGGACAUUUCGCUUUUUGAAUAUUUACUCAUUUAGUUGCGGUAGUCAGUAUUUCCAGCUUCACGGUGUGCACUGGUUAAGCUCAGAGCAAACGUAGUUCUGUGGUUGUUUUGUAGUACUGAAAAUGGCUGCAGCCGUUAAUCUCUAGUGGAUGUUUGACUGCAGUUGUCAGGAUGAAGAUGGGCAUUCUGUGAAAUAGGAGUUGUUGAAGACAGAGAGGUGGUGUAUGAAGAGGCAGUGUGGUGUUGUGGUAAUGUGAACAGAUGGCGCUGCGUGUUUGAAUCCCUGUUGAUUGAAAAUGGAAGCCAAAGCAGAGUGCUGUAGGAGUUCCUAACUCUGGAACCUGGAACAAAAGACACUGCCCACAGUCCGCGGGGAAAGGCAGCUCAUAACAGGCGCUGAUGAGACAAUGGAAAAAGCAUAGUGUGGGCUGGCUUGUGACUCAUCCUGCUGUGGUUUACAGAGCUCUGGUGGCCCCACAGUUGACAUCCUGCAGUUCUGAGGGUUCUCUCCUGCAGUUCUGAGGGUUCUCUCCUGCAGUUCUGAGGGUUCUAUCCUGCAGUUCUGAGGGUUCUCUCCUGCAGUUCUGAGGGUUCUAUCCUGCAGUUCUGAGGGUUCUAUCCUGCAGUUCUGAGGGUUCUCUCCUGCAGUUCUGAGGGUUCUAUCCUGCAGUUCUGAGGGUUCUAUCCUGCAGUUCUGAGGGUUCUCUCCUGCAGUUCUGAGGGUUCUCUCCUGCAGUUCUGAGGGUUCUAUCCUGCAGUUCUGAGGGUUCUCUCCUGCUCUGCCUCGAGCUGACAGGAAGCAGCAGCACUGUGAUGAUUAUGAAUGCGACUGGCUUUUCCAGAUGGGGAAGAAAGGAGGGAAAAAAUCUGCUGGGAGGAGAUGAGUUGAAACACCUUGAAUGUCCGUUAUCAAAGCUGGACUGAGUAAACAGGCAUUAUGGUGGAAUCUCUCCCCCCGCAGCAGUAAGACUACGUAUGCAGCAGUGAAUGACAGUGACACUCCUGCUUGUCUCUGUAGUUCAGCCUGUCUUACUGUAGUGAAUGACAGUGACACUCCUGCUGGUCUCUGUAGUUCAGCCUGUCUUACUGUAGUGAAUGACAGUGACACUCCUGCUGGUCUCUGUAGUUCAGCCUGUCUUACCGUAGUGAAUGACAGUGACACUCCUGCUGGUCUCUGUAGUUCAGCCCAAGUGAGCUCCAUCAUCUUUUCUGUCUUUGUGUGGUUUGACGCUGGAAUGAGAGUCAGUGGAGCGUUCUGUUUUUUAACAGCUCCCUGAUAGCGAGCCAGUCUUUUUUUAGGUUGUCGCCUGACUUCCUCUCAUCCUGAACAGGAAAUGACAUCAUAGGCCUGACUUCCAUUUAUUCAUGAAACUCGGCAUGCGUAAAUAUGAGGACAGGACCGAGAAGAGCUUCGCAGGGGCACACAGUAAACACGAACCAAAGCUAACAUGGACGGCUGUUCAAAUGAUAAUGUGUCAUGUAGGGAGUCCUUUUGUCUUACCAUGGCACUACAGAAAUUUCAGACAGGUUUUUUUGUUGUUGUACAUACUGGAAUUGCAUCAGAUUUGUGUGUGUGGGUACCUAAUGUAUGUGAGGCAAAGUGAGUGCUUUUUGUGUGUCAGUGUGCAAUGCUGGGUGUGUCGAUGGUGAAGGACAACUGAGGGAAAAGGGGUUAUAACAGCAGUCAGGGCUUCCUGUUGAGGGGAACUGUACAGAUUGUGUUCUAGUCUGAUAACACUACUGUCCUAUUCACCAAUACAUCCUGUAAAUCUGAGCGCAGUAGUCCUGCCAUUGCUGGUGUGAGCGAGGUGCAAAGUGUACCUGGAGGCAGCCGUCUCUGCAGAAAUCUGGGUGAUUAAUCUGGCACGUCUUGGUUAAAACAAUGAUGGACAGGUGAGCUUAAGCACCUGAAUGAGAUCUAAUUGUCUGGUUGCUUCCUGAUGCACAAAACUAUUCAAGGAAAGCAAAUAUAACCUGUGUAAUGUAUAAGUCCAUUUUUAGUUAGUUACCUGCUUGGAUCAAAAACAGUCUUUUGAUGCCAUGAAAGUAUAAAUCCAAAGUGAUUGAUUGGAAGCAGGAAGCCUUUCCAACCUUUCCGGGGGCCAUUUUGAUCGUUGAGCGUUUGAUUUCAGAUACUUUUUUAAGAUACCCAUUUUGAAAUGUACCUUUUUGUAAGAUAACUUGUUCGUUUUCAGUUCCAAAUAAAUAAGCAUUUCAUACAA